AUGACGGCCUACACACAAAAGACGGUCAAACAGCUUCACAAGGAGCUUGAAUCGAGGCAAUUGGCCACCAAUGGGAUCAAAAAAGACCUGAUCGCCCGAUUGGAGGCCGACGAUGCUGAAAAAGCUGAAGCUGCAAGCGAAAACCCCGCUGAAACCGAACAAGACGCCUCUGAUGCCCCACAACCCGCGCAGCCUUCACUGGACACUCCCGCCGCUGACGAUGUACAGCAGCCUGCUAAGGAGGAAUCCGAAAGUGACGCGGCUGCCCAGAAAAAGCCUGCGGAAGUGUCAGCGCCACAAGAUGCCCCUGUUAGUCGCGUUUCCGAAGCAGAGUCCAAACCCAAGGCAUUCUCCCCAGAGGAGGCAAAGACCCAGGCUCUGGACCACCUGCAGGUCAAGCUGCGUCGCGCCCAGAAGUUUGGCAACGACCAAUCUUCCAUCGACUUCCUAGAACGCCAGAUCGCCCGGAUCCAAAAGUUCGGCCUCGACCAGACUACCCAACUCGCACGCGAACUGGGACUGGGCAAGGGCCCCGAAUCCACGGUACCUCGCCAUAGUGGCAAAAAAAAGUCGCACCGCAACAAAAAUCCCAAGCGUCAGAGACAAUAA